AAUUCAAACGUAAACAUGUCCGGGCUGUAGGGAAGCGCUCACUAUUGGUAGACUAUUUUGGGCCUAAAUUUUUGGUGUUUUUUUGAUAGUUUUGUUUUUAGGUAUCCAGGAUGGAGUAUAUCUCCUCGGAAAAUUUACACAACGGUGGUGAUGAUGGAGUUGAUGACCCGUUGAGUGGUAGAUGCACUGCAACCCCGCAACGGCAAAGGCGCCCUCUGCAACAGCUAAAUUUUCCAGUUGUAGCGUCUCCUAGGCCAAAUGUAACUCCAUACAAGUAUCAUAGAUGUCGUGUAAUACCAGAAGAAACUGAGAAUGAAGAAAAUAUAAACCCUUCCAUGAAACAAGCAAAAAACAGUGGAUUUCGCGCCAGAAUGAAGUCAAAUGCAUCAUCCAGUGAAAACAGAGAGAAAGAUGAGUCAUCACCUUUUGCGUAUCCUCUGAUCUGGGAGACGCACCAGGUUGUCGCCUCCUCCCCGUCCGUGGUCGGUCAAAGCGACCCGGUGGAGUCAGUGCCUGGCCUUGAAACCCGAGGCCAGGGGGGUGCCACUGAGAAAAGCAAGCUGCCGAGACAAGACAUGGGAGAGGAUCUAACCAGCCUGGAGACCAAACUGGACAGAGGAAAUGCCCUUGAGAAAGAGAAUGCAAAAGGAGGAGCUUCAGCAUCAGGGGAGAGAGGGAACUGCAGGAGCACGCCCAGUACCUCAGCCACCUGUAGCAGUAGCAAGAUCGGCCACGGCAACGUCAGCAGCUUGAGUCACUUUGGGCCGAUGGUUACCCCUUCCAAGUCGACUCCAACUCCUCCACCUUCUGAUAGACCCGUAUUCUUAACUCCAUCAGAGAGAUUCAAAAAAAUGGGUGAUUGCCGAGGAGCCAUGACACCACAGCGUCGUAAACCCAACCACCAGGUCAACCCCUUUGAGGUGGCUGCCGAGUGCCUCCACCUGCCUGCCGUCAGCCCGUCACUCUUCCGCCAAGUUGUAUCCCCUAGUCAGAAGGUAGACAGCAACUUCCAUUGGUCUAUAGAUCAGCUGGCGGUACUACAUCCCGCGAACAUUGAAACCUCGCCCUACAACCAGGCGGACAUUCAGCACGACCCCGAUUACGAGCGCCAGGCGCAGGACGCCAUUGAUAGGUUUUUUAAUCAUCACUCUGUUGUCCCAAGUCCUUGGACUGGAAGUCAGAAGUCUGUCAACCUUCUCCAGAUGGUAUGCACUCCAGUCCACCCAGUAUCUAGUCAACCAACACCUCGAACUAAUACAGUUUGGUGCCAAACAGAGCUGUCAAUUCCUCCUGUCUUACCAGAAGCUGUUGAGGAAGCAUUAAAACCCUUCUGUACAUUUACACAGGACCAGUUCUGGCAGGGUGGCUGUGAAGAUGAAGGGACAAGUCUCAACAACACAACACUGCGCCGGAAGCUGCUCUUUAGCCAAGACGAAUUGCUCAAUGCUACACCAAUGUGUAGUCCUCGUGGUGCAGACACGCCAGACCCUGACAGUAGACCACCUUCGCCCACUGUUCCUUUACCCUUAGACGAUGAGGAUGAAGUACCCAUUAUAAGUGAAGAGGAAGAUGAUCACAGAAAUCUAUUGUGGUGUGGAACCAUCAUCAAUCGUGGAGAGAUAGGAACCUCCAGCAAGGAUCCACAGUUGGCCAGGCAUCCUCCACCAACACCACCAUCCCGCAUGUCAUACUUGCCGAGUGACAAGCCCUUCAGUGAGCCAUUUGCUUUCAGGAGGCCAGACAAGGAUCAAAGAGAUAGUCCCAUGAUACAAUGUUCGCCAAAUCUGUCUCCGGUUCAAGCUCAGCAGAGCAGCGAAGGGCCAGGGCUUGUCACCUCGCCAGAUGUGUCGCCCAUUCAUUGCCAUCAGUACAUUACUAUUCCGAGUCCCAGAGACGUGUUCAUCUCUGCGUCAUCUCACAUCAGUGAAGAUACUUCCUUUCAUGAUCCAGUUCUAGGACAGCCCCUACCAUCUUUUAGAGUUUCUUCCAGUCAAGACCAUGCUGUAUCAUGUACAGAAACAAGUGCCAAGGACAGUCCAUCCUGUAGUUUGCCUUUCCACACAGCAUUAUAUUCAGAUUCGGUUUUACACAAUGAGGAGAUGCUGCCAGCUUCACCGCGUUCAGGUUGCUUACAGAGUUCAUACUUUACAAUGAGAUUACAACAAAGUUUGGAGUUUUCUGUAAAGUGCCAGGAUUCAUGCAGUAAAGACAAAAGCUGUGAGAAUAUUCAUGAAUGUCUUACAGGCUCAGAUUUAAGCAGUGAAACUAGUCAUGGUGGUGUUAUUGAGAGACGAAUUGACAAGGAGAACAGUGGUGACUGUUUGAGAACGACACCAAAGAUUAAGAAAAUACCUUCACCAUGCAGGAUCCUAAACAAUAUUCCAUGCAGUGAAAUUUCAUCCGAGGUAAAUUGCGAAGCACCAGCACAAGAUCAGGUAUGGAAACAAGAGCCAGAAGAAGAGAAGGAGAAUUCAAUUCAGGAAUCUAAUGAAAAUCAGCAGAAAACACCUGUAAAGACAGCCGUUGAGCAAAGGAGCAACUCGGGUCACUUCUCUUCUAGUCCUAUCCGGGAAGAUGGCAAUAGUCCUCUCGCAAUGGACACACCAAGAAAGAGAUUUUCUUCCUCGCCUCCACUCUCGCCUAUCCUCUGUAGGUCCCUCAUGUUCCUGCCACAUCAAGAGAGUCAUCACUUGAGGUCUCAACCCAAAUCUCAAUUCAGCUUGUCACAGUCAACUCAUAUGAGCAUUGAUAUAGAUGGAAAAAGCUGCAUAGAAGAAGAGAUAAUGAUGGAUGAUGAAAGAAUAGGCCUAACUUCGAGCACAAGACAUGUUGGCCAGUCCAUGCAACAGCCCCGUACCACUACCACAACCACCCUCCGUAGGUCCUUGUCAGUAUGCGACAUGGAAACUGACUCUCUUGAGGUGAAUGUGAGUGGGGAAGUGCCAUCACAGGAUACAGGAUAUGUAACUGGUAGCCUGCACUCGACCAACUUCAGCAUGUCAACAUUUGGAAGUGAUAAUGGCACAACUUCAUCCCAGACUCAUCUAAAAGACUGUCAUGUAAACAACUUGGCAAAUACCACUGGUUUAUCUGUUGAUCCUUAUACUUCCAAGGUUGUAUGUAAUAUUGAAGGGGGAAGUGUUUGGAAGGGAAGCUUGUAAUUUGGGGUAUCGCACUCCUCACGGUGAACACUAUUUUAGUUGAUGAAAUGAACUUCGUACUAUUAAAGACAUCUUUGAUAUAUUAUAUUGUCUUUCUGUAAUUUAUUUCUAAUGGUACCAAAGCAGUAUUCAUGGAACAAAUAUUGUCUGUUGUUAUGGAUCAAACUAUACUUAAUGUUGCUAUGAUAUAUUUGGUAUCUGAAUUAAUAGUAGACAUACUGAUAAAUUUUCAGUCUGGGUGCUGUCAUAAAACAACUCUGGUACAGAGUUUUUUUUUUCUAUUAAAUAUUUUCAAUUGCACUGCCCAACCAUACCUUUGUUUUCUUGCUGUAUAUUAUAUUGUUGUGAUAUAUAUAGUCUUUGUCUCUCUGUUUUUCUUGGUGUCACUUUCCUGAUUUUUUUUGUGUUCAGUAGUAUUAGAAAGAAUGAUCUAUAUACCUGUCCUUUGAUAAAUAUGUAUCUUGACCACCUGUCAUGUGUUCAGUGUGUUACUGAUUUUCGUGCAUCUGUGAUGGUUGAACCAGGUAAUACUGAUUUUCAUGCAUCUGUGAUGGUUGAACCAGGUAAUUCUCAGCACUGGAAACAAAAAUAAAUUUAUGGUGCAUGUUCAUACUUUUUUACUUCUGGACAAAUGAUGCUAAUUGGCAUACACUUUUAUUUAGAUUGAGAUCAAAUGGUAUUAUGUAGCAGAAAGUAGUAUUAGUGACAAAAAUAAUAUUCUUAUUUGAUGUCAGAACUGUAGGCUCACACUUCAUGUAGAAUUCAUAUAUUGUAGAACUCAUUUAUAUUUAAAGAUACUGCAAGAUUAAAGUUUGGUUAUAAAUAAUGUUUAUUAUGUGACCAACAGAUUACCAUAUUGUUACUUCAAUGCAAAUAAUUAGAUGGCACAAAAAAGCUUUACAUUCCUUGUAAAAUUAUUUUUAAAGCACUAAUUAAAACAAUUUAAGCAGGUCAAAAUACAAACAUUGCAUUUGUAUAAGUACUUUGGAGAUAGUGUCAUACUCGACCAAAACUGGUUGAAACAUUAUAAUACAUAAAUGAACAAACAUUAUGGAUCUAGUUUAUACCAUUGAUGCUGGAAGUGCAUGCAUAUGUGCACCGUCCACUUCUUUAUUUUAUGGAUUUUCUUUAAACACCAGUAACUCCCAGGCACAAUUGUUAUUUUUAUUACUAUCAUUAUUGUUAAUAGCAUUACAAUAAUAGUGAUAAUAAUUAAGCAAAUAACAAUGAAAUUUGUAAUAGAAAUAAAAAAUUCAUGAAAUGGGGUAGACAGGUGAGAUCAGGCAGACUUUAAUUGAUUCCUUGGUGACUAGGUGCUUGUGAACCUAUCUACGUAUUAACAAAAUCAAUAUAGCAAAACCACAGUGUACAGAGCAUCUACCUGGUACCAAUGGGUUAACUUUGGCUCUUACGAUACCAUGUCACACCUUUCAUAUUGUAGAUUGUGAUCAUAUGCGAAGGAAUAUCCUUCAUAUUUCUUUGAAAUAGAAUGUAUGUUGUGUGUAUGUGCAUAUGUAUGUUUAAGUUUUUUUUUUUCUAGUAUGUGUAUUACCUCUUCUUUUUUCCUGUCUCUGAGAAGCUAAAUACUUAUAAUCCACAUAGGGAUCUGUGUUGCAUGCCAUCGUUUAUUGCCUUUGCGGAUGGUGUAGAUGGUAUUAUAUUACAGUUAUAGGUACUGAUUGCCACUUUGUGAUAUUGUUUUUAAACUUGGUAUUUACAUAUUUUAUGCAGGAAGAAAGAUAUGCUCAAAAUGGUUGUGCAGGUUGUUUUUGUUAACACAUAAAGAGCAUGUUUUGUGAUUUAUGUAAUGCCACCCCUUAUAUACAUUUUAGAUUUAUUUUUACCCUUAUUGCAAUAUCAUUGUUUUUAUUUGUAGAAGUGCCAAUAGUAUGUAACUAAUGUGCCACAUUUCAUGUAGUUGUCUACACUUGCAAUAUGUUGACACUGCUGCUCAAGUAUAUAAUGCUCUCUGAAGUACUUGACUCAAUGUGGUUGGAAUAAAGUCAUUGGAAUAUAAAA